GAACUCAGUGCGUCCAGUGAACUCGAAAGUGCAGGAACGAAUAUUUACAUGAAAAAUUUAUUAAAAUUAAUUAAAAUAGCUUAGAAAGUUGACUAGCUCAGUGUAAGGAAGUACAAAAAGUGGCAAGGAAUCAAGUAAAAAUCAAGUAAAAGUGAAAAUUUAUUGAUUUAAUCGAUUUUUCGCGAGGAAAAACCUUUUGGAAGAAAAAUCAAUUUUUUCAGCAUAUCAAAAAAGGGAUUCUCAACAAGUUUUCAUUAAUUUCUAAGACGUGAAAAUGGCUCAGGCACAACAAAUGCUUUCUGUCGCUCUAGAAUUCCUAAAGACGAGCUAUAAGUUCGAUACGUUUCAGGAACCAAGAGGUGUCAUGCGUAUCUUUCAACUCGUCUUUUCAGUAUGGGGAUUCUUUGCUGUUCGUGGAUUUACAUUGACAUUAAGUAUGGAUUGUCAAGAAAGAAUUUAUCAAAGAACUUACGAAAUAGAAUAUCCGUUUGAGUUUGGUGAGCAUAUUUGCAGAAGGAAAAUUGAUUUUUCCAAGACUGACAAUUCGACAGCAUUUGUAUCCGUUGAUGCUUCAGCUGGAGCUACAUUCUUCGCAAUUACUGCUGUCUUGGCACUACUAUAUGCUAUUUUCAUCAUUUUUGUCUAUACAUAUUUGGAUGAAAUGUACAAGAGCAAACCAGAAUUUCCAAUGGCUGAUUUUGCAUUAACUGGAAUUUUAGCAUUCUUCUGGCUCAUCGGAACGCUUGGAUUCAAUAGUGGCGGAAGUGCAAUGAAGAAGACCUUCGACGAAGAUUAUUUAGGUCAAACAUGUUAUCAAUGUGUACCUAAAGUGUCAAGUUUUACGGACUUGAAUAUUGCAUUGCUCAUUGGAUUCUUAAACUUCUUCUUAUGGACAAGUGAUUUGUGGUUCCUUUAUAAGGAAACUGCUUGGUUCCAAAAUAGAGGAGCAAUUUAUAAUCAACAAAUGUAUGGACAACAGCAAAUGCCUCCUCAACAGCUUGGCCAAGAACAGCAACAAUUUGGUCAACAAUCACAGUAUGAACAACAGCAGCAGCAGCCACAAUAUGGACAGAAUCAACAAUAUGAUCAAUCAUAUGGACAGCAAUAUGAUCAAUAUGGUCAAGGAUCUUACGCUCAGCCAUCAAUGUAAGAUGCUACAUAAUUUAUUUCAAUGAUUAAGGUAAAUAUUGUUUCACUUAUAAGAUUCACAAGUUAUUUUUAAUAUCAUAACAAAAAGACAACAAAAACUUAACUACCCAUCUACCUAGUCAGCUAUUAUGUUUUACAAAAAAUCGUUUGUUGUUUUGCUUUCUUCAUGUGAGCAUGUUUUUAUGUCUGUGAAAUGAACAUGUUGACAAUUGCUGGCGAUAAAAGUAUGAUUGAUAAAAAUUACACAUUUAUGGGCAUCUCAUGAAUAAGUAAAUUGCAAUACAUGGCUGUAUUCACCUUUAUGUAAACCUUUCAUGAGAAGAGACUCUAAAUUCACAAAAACUACUUAAUACCUUAAUUAGAACCAUUCAUUCAUACCUAGUUAAUUAAAUGGAGCUGAAGAAAGGCGCUUAAUUAGAUCCGUUUGAAUUUACACUACAACGCACUGAAGCGAUACUAUGUUAUGCAAAUAAUAUUCGUGUCUAGAGAAUUUCCAUUGAAAUGCCACAAAAAAUGAGAGAAAAAAAAGCUGAAACUUGUUGAUUCCGCAGAGAAAACGGCAUAAAGUUUUAAAGCUUUUAUAAUAAUUGGUUCUGUGGCUUUAAGACGAGCAAAAAUAGAUUCAACAUUGUUCAUUUCACAGACAUAAAUGUAUUUUAUCAAUGGACAAAUUAAUUAUGAGGAAAUAAUUAGUAUAGUACUUACCUACUUACUUAAACUUAUUAUGUAUAGCUCGAAAUGAGGUGAAUCCUAUCAAUUUAUCAUUAUUAUCAUGUUGAAAAUAUAUAAAAAUAUACAUAGAAAUAUAUUUAUUGAGCUAUGUCAUAUGUAUUGAACAGCCAUAUGAGAAAUAAGGAAUGUAUUAAUAUUUAAUUACCAGUUCUUACGAUUACAUUCCGGAAAGUUGAGUAAAAUUAAGAAUUUUUUUUGAUUUUUUGCUUGAAAUUUUUCUUCUCAAAAUCCUAUUUAUGUCCCAGGUGAGAUAAGGAAGUAUAUUGCGACAAUCUAUGGAUCAAAUAAAUUUAAUAAUAAUAAUGUUAAUUGGAAAAUUCAUGCGAAUACAGUUUAAUAGUCAUUUCCAUUUUAGUUUUUUGAGACUGCAAAGUUUUAUGUUGAAAAAAAUCCACAAAUAUUAAAAUUAACAUUGCAACAAAACGUAUUAAUAAUAUUAAUAAAAAAUAAUGUAUUUAACUUAUUAUGAUUAUGGAAUAAUAAUGUCCUUACUCAAGUAACUAAUGAAUCUCAACUCAAAAAUCUUGAUGCCAUUCAUUAAACGAUUUGUUAAGAUAUAAAUUAAUAUUGGCAGUGAAUAAUUUUUGCAUGAAAAUUAAGAAUCAAUAAAUUAAUCUUACUAAUGGUACAAUACAAAAAUUUAACAAUUGAGAAUCUCUAUGAAAAUUAUCUCCUUUUAAUUAUUCCUUUUAGCCACACUUUUAAAGAAAAAUUAAAUUAAAAAUUGAAAAUAUACAUGAUUAUUAUGAAUGUGUAGUCGAUUUAAGAUAAUACCAAAAUUUAAAUAAAAAUCUUUAAAGAAAAAUACCAAAAAAUGAGACAUUAAUCAAUGUUGCGCAAUUAUAAAGAGAUAUCAGUAAUUAUGUUUAUAGCAGAUGAUAAAAUAUAAGAGAAUUCACUUAUUGUUCGUCACAACAUAAAUAUAGAACUUUAACAGUUCUUUUAAAUAAAUAAUAAUAAAAAAUUCUUUACUGAGUUCAUAGCAGAUUUUUAGGAACCUAAGAUGCAUUCAGACAACAUGAAAUUAUAAAACAAGAAAUAUGAAAUAUGAUCAAUGGACAUGCUAAAUGUGAAAGAAAUAUAAAUUAAUGAGAAUCAUGAAAUAAUUUAUCAAGCAUAAAAGGAAUAUGGCAUAGAAAAUAACACAUAAAAUAUUGACAUUAAUGAACUAAUUCAGAUUACUUACCACGCGAGAGUCAAAAGACAAUUGUUAUUUUUGAAGGCUCACAAAUGAAUGUUUAUGCAUGAAAU